AUGAAGGCGCCGAAUAGCUGGGUAGAAGAGCCAGUGGAAGAAACGAUCGAAGAGGAGAAGUCGGUGGUCGGGGAGUUGGUAGAGCUGCCGAUGAACUCCGUAGUAGGACUUACAUCGUCUCACACUAUGAAAAUUAAGGGAAAAUGUUUGAAGGAGGAAGUACUAGUGUUAAUCGACUGUGGAGUAAUUCAUAAUUUUAUAUCAGCAGACCUGGUGAGGAAAUUGGGUUUACCAAGAACAGAAACAAUGGUCUAUGGGGUCAUCAUGGGUACUGGGCUGACAGUGCAAGGAGCAGGGGUAUGCAAGGGAGUACAAUUAUCACUUCAGAAUAUUGAGGUAGUAGAAGACUUUCUACCUUUGGAUCUGGGAAGCUUCGACGUAAUUUUGGGAAUGAAAUGGCUGUCCACUCUAGGUCAAACAAAAAUCUAUUGGAGGAUACUGACAAUGAAAUUUCAAAUUGGGGGCACUACCAUGACCUUGAAAGGGGACUCGAGCCUUUGUAAAACUCUGGUCACUUUGAAGGCUAUGAUGAGAGCAUUCAAAAGGGAAGGAGAAGGAGUACUUCUUGAACUGGGCUGUUUGGAGGUCGAGGGUGGAAAAUUAACUGCAAAAGAUGCCUACAGAAGUUGA